AUGUCAAAUACAAACUACAUUAACCCUUCCACUGGAAAGGAGUGGACUUCAAAGGAAAUUCGUAAAACAUUUGUUGAAUUCUUUGAGAAGAAAUAUGCACAUACUUUUGUGCCAAGUAAUUCUGUAAUUCCCCAUGAAGAUCCUACAUUGCUCUUUACCAAUGCCGGUAUGAAUCAAUUCAAGGCAAUCUUUCUCGGACAAGUUAAUCCAGAGUCCAGUUUGGCUAAAUUAAAGCGUGCUGUAAACUCACAAAAAUGUAUCCGUGCUGGUGGUAAACAUAAUGACCUUGAUGAUGUCGGUAAAGAUACCUAUCACCAUACAUUCUUUGAAAUGCUCGGUAACUGGUCAUUCGGUGAUUAUUUCAAGAAGGAAGCUAUUGCUUGGGCUUGGGAAUUGCUCACUGACGUCUAUGGACUUGAAAAGGAUAGAUUAUAUGUGACAUACUUUGGAGGAAAUGAAAAACUUGGCUUGCAACCAGACAAUGAAGCCAAAGAGUUAUGGAAACAAUUUGUUCCUGAGAGUCAUAUUUUACCUGGUAGUAUGAAGGAUAACUUUUGGGAAAUGGGUGAUACUGGCCCAUGUGGACCUUGCAGUGAAAUUCACUAUGAUCGUAUUGGUGGACGUGAUGCUGCUCAUCUUGUCAAUAUGGACGAUCCAAACGUGAUAGAAAUUUGGAAUAACGUCUUUAUGGAAUUCAACAGAAAGCCAGAUCAAUCUUUGGAAUAUUUACCAGCUCAACAUGUGGAUACUGGUAUGGGUCUUGAAAGAUUGGUAUCCAUCUUGCAAAACAAGAUGAGUAAUUAUGAUACCGAUGUUUUCAUGCCAAUUUUUGAUGCUAUUCAAAAAGAAACUGGAGCAAGAUCUUACACUGGAAAGUUGGGCAAGGAAGAUGUUGACCACAUUGACACUGCAUAUCGUGUGAUUGCAGAUCACAUUCGUACAUUGGUCAUUGCCUUAUCCGAUGGUGGUUAUCCUGACAGUACAGGAAGAGGUUACGUUCUUCGUCGUAUUGUUCGUCGUGCAGUUAGAUUUGGAGAAUUUAUGAAUGCCAAGAAAGGAUUCCUUUCUAGAUUGGCUUACAUUGUUGUUGAGAAUAUGGGUGACUUCUUCCCUGAAUUACGUAAGAAUCCAGAGAAAAUAGAACAAUUGAUUGAAUCUGAAGAAGAUUCCUUUGCCAAGACGCUUCGAGUUGGAUUGAAAUUCUUUGAAAAAAUUACUGGAAAGAUGAAGCAAGAAGGAAAGAAUGUUGUAUCUGGUCUAGAUGCUUUCAAAUUGUACGCUACCUAUGGUUUCCCUGCUGACUUGACAUUAAUUAUGGCUCAAGAACAAAAUAUGACCGUUGACAUGAUGGCCUAUAAUGAAGAAAUGGAAAAGCACAGACUUCUUUCCGAAGGUGGUAAAGAAGAAGCUAAUGCAUUGAGGCUUGGUGUUGUUGAGACUGCCAAGUUACAAAAUGAACUCAAAGUUGAACCUACCCAAGACGAGUUGAAAUAUGUUUGGGAAAAUACUACUGCUAAAAUUGUUGCUAUUUACAGCAACGAAUCUGGAUUUAUCAAUAAGCUUGAUUCCGAAUGUGAUGAAGUCAACAUUGGUAUCAUUUUGGAUAGAACAAACUUUUAUGCUGAGGGAGGUGGUCAAGCUGCCGAUACUGGUGCUUUGGUUUUAGGAGAUUCAGUUUUGAAUGUUACCGAUGUUCAAAAAUUCGCUGGAUACAUUUUACAUAUUGUAAAUGUUUCAGAAUCGAAAUUGUCGAACAAUAUUACUGUUGGUGCUGACAUUUCUUGCCAAGUCGAUUUUGAAAGAAGAAAACCAAUUGCUGCUAAUCACACCACCACUCACAUGCUCAAUUUUGCUUUGAGAAAAGUAUUUGGAAAAGAUUGUGACCAACAAGGUUCAGUUGUCAAGCCAGAAGAAUUAAGCUUUGACUACUCUUAUUCUCAACCAAAGGCUCCAACAGAUGAGCAAUACAAAGAGAUUGAAUCAAUUGUCAACCGUCUCAUUACUGAAAAUCAUCCAGUAUAUUCCAAGACUCAUCACCGUGAUACUGCCUAUGAAAUUUCUGGCCUCAGAGCCAUGUUUGGAGCAGCUUAUGGAGAACAAGUUCGUGUGGUUUCUAUUGGUGAAGAUGUUGAUGAAAUCAUUAAGGACAGAACAAACGAGAGAUGGCAUACUAUUUCCGUUGAGUUCUGUGGUGGUACUCACUUGACUCAAACAAACCAAGCUCAGGAAUUUGUGAUUGUUACUGAUAAAAGUAUUGCUGCUGGUAAGAGACGUAUUAUUGGUUUGACUAGAGAUGCUGCCAAGAAGUCAAAAGAUAUUGCAAAACAAUUCUCACAAAAGAUUGACGAAUUGGAAAAGUUACCAGACGAAACUUAUUGUGCUCGUUACUAUGAACUCAACUCUGAAUUGGAUAAACUUGUAGGAGUUCCAUUACUUGAAAAGAAGCAUUUGACAAAGAGAUUGGAAGAGGCUUAUUUGAAGGUGAAAAAGAUCCAACAAUCACAAAAGAAGGAUGAUUUGGAAAAGGCUAACCAACUUAUCAAGUCACUCAAAGAAACCAUCGACCAAAAAUCAUUGAAAUAUCUCGUUUAUCAAUUGGAGGACGGAAGUGAUCAAAAGUUUGUCAAGAAAGUUUGCGAAGCUCUUACUACUAUUCCAGUUUUACUCAUUUCUAAGGCUGACGACAAGAACGUAAUCGUUAUGGCCAACGUUCCAGACCAAUUUACUCAAAAACUUUCUGCUAAUACAUGGGUCCAAGAGACGUGCAAGGUUGUGAAUGGUAAGGGUGGUGGUAAGCCAACUUUCGCACAAGGACGUGGAUCAGAUUUGUCCAAAGUUGCUGAUGCUGUGAAAUUGGGUGAGGAAAUGGCUACUAAAUUCAAUUAA